AUGAAUGAAGAAAUUUUUAAUAAUUGGUAUGAAAAUCAUUUCCAACCGACCGUCAGGCAGCGACAAUUACAAGAUAAUAAUAUAGGCGAAGUUCUCCUUUUAGUUGACAAUUUUAAAGGCCAUAAUGUUCGUGACAGAAAAAGCGAACAUUUUGAAGUAAUGUUUUUGCCUCCUAAUACGACUUCCAUUCUGCAACCGAUGGAUCAGGAAUUAAUUGCAAAAUGCAAAAAAUCUUUCCGAUACAACUUACUUCAAAAGGUACUUCAAUGUCCAAAAGGAAUCCAAGAGUUUUAUUUUAAACACGACAUUAAAGAUUGCAUUGAUUUAAUUGACAAUGCUUGGAAAUCAGUAUCAAAGACAAAUAUUUACAACGCGUGGCGAAAACUCCUUAAGCGACAAACACAAACAGAAGAAAUAGAAGUGAUAGAACAAAUUGAAAAUUAUUCUUUUACCGAAGUAGACAAUUGGAUUUCUCAUUGCGAAGAAGCUGAAUUGAUUCGUGAAAACGAUAAAGAAACAGAAGAAACAACAUCACGACAAAAUUGCGAAAUUGAAGAAAAUGAAUUAGAAGUAGACUUAUUUGAUAAAUUAAGUUUAUGGGCUGAAACACAGCCAGAAUUUGUUCAGUUUCAUGUUAAAGUUUUACUAGAUUAUUACUAUCAAAAAUAA